AUGGGGAAUCUAUUGUUACAUGAUGAUGCCGUUUGGUCUCAAGAAUGCCGUGCCGGGGCAAUUUACCAAAGGAUGGCCACAGCCUUGUUGCAUGAUAUGAUGCAUAAUGAGGUAGAGGUGUAUGUUGAUGAUAUGAUAGUGAAAUCCAAGGAUAGAGAAAGCCAUACCAUAAACUUGAGUAAGUUCUUCGAGAGGAUUAAAGAAUAUAGAUUGAGGUUGAACCCACAAAAGUGCACCUUUGGAGUAAUUACAAGAAAAUUGCUAGGCUUCUCAGUGAGUGACAAAGGGAUAAAAGUUGACCCAUCUAAAAUCAAAGCCUUAUUGGAGAUGCCUCCACCCAAAAGUGAGAAAGAAAUAAGGAGUUUCUUCGGUCGAUUACAAUACAUUAGUCGAUUCAUUGCCAAGCUCACUUCCACUUGUGAGCCCAUCUUCAAAGUCUUAAGGAAGAAUGAACCACAUACAUGGAAUGAUGAGUGCCAAAAUGCCUUUGAACUUAUCAAGGAAUAUCUCCUCCAUCCGCCUAUCCUAGUGCCUCCACAACAUGGAAAACCCUUACUCCUAUACGACUUUAUCAUAGGGGAUGCGAAAGAAGAAGCAGAGAGGGUAAUGGAAGAAGUUCAUCAAGGGAUUUGUUGCCUUCAUAUGAAUGGAAGAAUGUUAGCCAAAAAAGUCCCAAGGAUUGGGUAUUAUUGGAAUACAAUGGAGAUUGAUUGCAUGGACUACGUGAAAAGUUGCCAUGAUUGUCAAACACAUGCAAACUUGAACCAUGUAACACCUAGUGAGUUGUAUAGCAUGACUUCUCCAUGGCCAUUCUUAGUUUGGGGCAUAGAUGUGAUUGGAAGGAUAGCUCCUAAGACCUUGAAUGGGCACAAGUACAUUUUGGUGGCAAUUGAUUGUUUAGAUGGUUUUCCAUCAGGUGAGCCUAUUCAUGUGAUAGCUCCCAUAGGUGCCACCUUUCUUCGUCAGAGGGCUACUCAGUUACAAGUUGCUCCUUCUCGUACUAGAGGUGCAUCAUCUAGUAGUGUUGUCCCUCCUCCCUCUUCUACAGGUACAGCUGCUGUUGAGACUUCAGGUGUUGCUACUGCUGCUGAGGCUGAUGGCAAAGUCCGAAAGGUCAUGAAAGGAUAUAGCCUUGAGUAUCACAAGUCUUCACCAUAUAGACCACAAGCUAAUAGGGCUGCAGAAAUAGCUAAUAAGAAUAUGAGGAAUAUCCUAGCCAAGAUGGUAGUGACAUACAAAGAUUGGGCCGAGAAGCUUCCAUUUGGCUUGUGGGGUUAUAGAACUUCUAUCUGUGCCUCGAAUUGGGAACCACCUUAUUCUUUGGUUUAUGGUAGUGAGGCGAUGUUUCCCAUUGAGGUAGAGAUACAAUCUUUGAGAGUAUUGGUGAAAACCAAGGUCCUAGAAUUGGGCUAA